UGUGUGUGUCGGCGACGUGGCUUGACGCCUAGGCAGAGACGUGGGAGGACAGGAGGAGAGGACAGUGUGCUGCUGCUUGAGGGACACUCGCACAUUGUUGCCAAAGUCGAGGAAUGGCGAGGACGCGCGGUCGUUGCUUGUGAAUUUUCAACUCAUCCGUCUGCAUCUCUGAGAUGACUACCAGGGAUGCAGCCUGCUUGAACCAUCGACCGCCACUGCUCGUGUGAUCGAGAGAGAAGAAUGGACAGUUGUUCCUAGCCGUCACCAGAGCUAAACUAUUCUUUCCUACGACUGCUGCUAUUACGACAACGCCAUCGACCAUGGAGCUCCGGUGGGUGCUCUCGGUGUCCAUGUUGACGGCAUGCGUCGCCAUCCCCAUGGACACGGCGGCUGGGAGCCACAGCCUGUUCACCUGCGAACCCAUCACCCUGCGGAUGUGCCAAGGGUUGCCGUACAAUUCCACCUUCAUGCCCAAUGUGCUCAACCACUACGACCAGCAAACCGCCGCUCUUGCCAUGGAGCCGUUCCAUCCCAUGGUCAACCUGCAGUGCUCCCCUGAGCUCCGGAUGUUUCUUUGCGCUCUGUACGCGCCAGUGUGCACAGAGUACGGCCGCAUGACCCUGCCCUGCCGCCGACUGUGUCUACAGACCAAGAGCGACUGCUACAAGCUCAUGGACAUGUUUGGCGUCAGCUGGCCUGAGGAGAUGGACUGCAACAGGUUUCCAGACUGUGAUGAUCCCUACCCACGUCCAGUAGACCUCCUCUCUAGCAGGGACACCACUGAGCCGCCUAUCCCAGUCCAGCGGGACUAUGGCUUCUGGUGCCCCCGAGAGCUGAAAAUUGACCCAGAACUGGGCUACUCCUUCAUGGGGGUCCGAGACUGCUCACCCCCAUGUCCCAACAUGUACUUCACACGCGAGGAGCUGACCUUCGCCCGCUACUUCAUCGGCGUGGUGUCCAUCGUAUGCCUCUCUGCCACCCUCUUUACCUUCCUCACCUUCCUCAUCGAUGUGUCGCGCUUCCGCUACCCGGAGAGGCCCAUUAUCUUCUAUGCCGUGUGCUACAUGAUGGUGUCCCUCAUGUUCUUCCUGGGCUUCCUGCUGGAGGACAGAGUGUCCUGUAAUGCUGCCAUCCCUGGGAGGUUCCGGGCUUCCACUGUGACUCAAGGCUCCCAUAAUAAGGCCUGCACACUUCUCUUCAUGGUGCUGUAUUUCUUCACCAUGGCGGGCAGCGUCUGGUGGGUCAUCCUCACCAUCACCUGGUUCCUGGCUGCCGUGCCCAAGUGGGGCAGCGAGGCGAUCGAGAAGAAGGCUCUCCUCUUCCACGCCUGCGCCUGGGGCAUUCCCGGCGUCCUCACCGUUAGCCUGCUCGCCAUGAACAAGAUUGAGGGCGACAGCGUGAGCGGCGUUUGCUUUGUGGGUCUUUACAACUUGGCGGCGCUACGCUGGUUCCUGCUGGCUCCGCUGGGGGUGGACGUGGUGGUGGGCGUGGUGCUGCUGCUGGCGGGAAUUGCAGCUCUGAACCGGGUUCGCAUGGAGAUCCCUCUGGAGAAGGAAAACCAGGAGAAGCUGGUGAAGUUCAUGAUCCGCAUCGGCGUGUUCUCCGUCCUCUACCUGGUGCCUCUGCUGACCGUCCUGGCCUGCUACCUCUACGAGAACAGCCACCGGGCGGUCUGGGAGACCACCUGGGUGCAGGAGAGGUGUCGAGACUACCACAUCCCGUGUCCCUAUCAGGUGGAGCGCAGCAGUCGUCCUGACUUGGCGCUCUUCUUGAUCAAGUACGUGAUGAUGCUGAUCGUGGGAAUCCCGUCCGUGUUCUGGGUGGGCAGCAAGAAGACGUGCUUCGAGUGGGCCAGCUUCUUCCACGGAAAAACACGCAAAGAAGUGUUAACCCCGUCUGCCGCCUACUCCACUCACUCCUCCGUCUACUACUACCCUCCUCCCCCUGCCCCCUUCCCCUUGUCCAUGUCCCUCCCUGCCUCCGUCUUUAUCUUCAGUGGGAUGGUGAAGGAGAGUCGGCAGGUGCUGCAGGAGCCCGACUUCGCCCACCUGCUCCUGAGGGACCCCCACACGCCCAUCGUAAGGAAGUCGCGGGGCACGUCCACGCAGGGCACGUCCACCCACGCCUCCUCCACCCACCUGGCCAUGCUGGACGAGCCGCCCAGCGGCAGCACCAGCCGGGCGGGCUCGGUCCGCAGCGGCCGUUCCAAGAUGAGCAGCUACCACGGCAGCCUGCACCGCUCACGAGACGGCAGAUACACAGCCUCCAGCUUUCGAGCCGCAGAGGACCACCACGCCCCCUACGGGAGCAUGCCUCACCUCGAUGACCCGUCCCAGUCCAGACACUGCAGCACCAAUCGCCUGGACAGCCUAUCCCGGCACAGCUCCGCCCAGAGACUCGAAAGCCAAUCACGGCACAGCAGCACCAGGGACCUCAGCUCCGCCCCACAAACCGUGCUGGGCGUGCCUGGCAACGGGAUUCACAGGGUGCAGGAGGAGGACACAGCCUGACAUGGUGUGUGUGGAUCCAUGCCUUAAAACUUUCAUCAGUUUUGGCGUCUGCAACUACUGAGCCAAUUACAUGAACGUCCAAUCGAUAUUUUUUGUGGAUUUUUUUUUUUUCUUUAUCGCACCUUUCCAGCCGCUGAUGUCUCCAUCUUUCACUGAACCACUGACUAGUUUGCCUUUUUUGUGUGGAACAGCAGGGUGGACCCAAAUCCCUCCAUUCAGAACAUUUUCACGCUUGAUGAAUGUGCAAGUGAAAGAAUUCUCCAGAAUUUUGCGGAGAACAAAUCGGGGAAUUAGGAAUAAAGGGCUCAAAAGGGGAAUAAAAGCUGAAUCCAAACUCCUGCCUUACAGCUUCAACAAUAGUGAAAUUCUUAAUAGGUUUUGCUUGUACAAAUAUGUAAAAAGUUUGUUGGUUUAUUUGUGGAAUUUUGUAUUUUUUUUUUUAAAUAAACAAAUGACACACAAGCAUCCAUUCGUAACAGCCCU